UCAACUAUUGUACCCUUCGGGGUGACAUACGUAAAAAUUGGAACGAUACAGAGAAGAUUAGCAUGGCCCCUGCACAAGGAUGACACGCUUUUCCAGAGUGGUAGACCUACGGGUCUCAAUAUUUAUUGCGUUUUUUUUCUUGAACUUUCU